GGGGGCGGCGGCCGGGCGGCCGGGCAGGGGCGCCAUGGCGGCCGCCGAGACGAAGAUCAUCUACCACCUGGACGAGCAGGAGACGCCGUACCUGGUGAAGCUGCCGAUCCCCGCCGAGCGCGUCACGCUGGGCGACUUCAAGGGCCUCCUCAACCGGCCCAACUACAAGUUCUACUUCAAGUCCAUGGACGACGACUUCGGGGUAGUGAAAGAAGAAAUCUCAGAUGACAAUGCCAAGCUUCCCUGUUUCAACGGCCGGGUGGUGUCGUGGCUGGUGUCUGCAGAGGGGUCACACUCAGAUGCUGGGUCAGUCUGUGCUGAUAACCAAACAGAACUGCCACCGUCCAUGGAGCGCACAGGAGGAAUUGGAGACUCCAGGCCCCCCUCCUUUCACCCUAACACGGGGGGGAGUCGGGAAAAUCUGGACAAUGAGACAGAGACAGACUCAGUGGUGUCAUCACAGAGGGAACGACCUCGUCGGAAAGAUGGACCUGAGCAUGCACCUAGGGUGAAUGGGACAGUGAAGGGAGAGCGACGCCGAGACCUGGGCGGGUAUGAGAGCUCCUCCACACUUAUGAGCAGUGAGCUGGAGACCACCAGCUUCUUCGACUCGGAUGAAGAUGACUCCACCAGCAGGUUUAGCAGUUCAACAGAGCAAAGCAGCGCUUCCCGUCUGAUGAGGAGGCACAAGCGCCGCAGGCGGAAACAGAAGGCUCCACGGAUUGAGCGGUCAUCAUCCUUCAGCAGCAUCACAGACUCCACCAUGUCCCUGAACAUCAUCACGGUCACACUUAACAUGGAGAAAUAUAACUUCCUGGGCAUUUCCAUUGUGGGACAGAGUAAUGAGCGUGGAGAUGGAGGCAUUUACAUUGGCUCUAUCAUGAAGGGCGGUGCUGUGGCAGCUGAUGGCAGGAUUGAGCCAGGAGACAUGCUCUUGCAGGUGAAUGAUAUCAACUUUGAAAAUAUGAGCAACGAUGAUGCUGUACGGGUGCUGAGGGAGAUUGUGCACAAGCCUGGGCCCAUCACCCUGACUGUUGCCAAGUGCUGGGACCCCAGCCCCCGAGGCUGCUUCUCCUUACCUAGGAUUGCUCCCCAGCGGAUCUGGGCUGGGCCAGACUCUCCAUGCUCCGAUCCGGGUGAGCCCAUCCGGCCAAUCGACCCGGCAGCCUGGGUGUCCCACACAGCAGCGAUGACCGGCACCUACCCAGCGUACGGUAUGAGUCCAUCCAUGAGCACAAUCACUUCCACCAGCUCCUCCAUCACCAGCUCCAUCCCAGAGACCGAACGCCUCGAUGACUUUCACCUGUCCAUCCACAGUGACAUGGCCACCAUUGUCAAAGCCAUGGCCUCACCAGAGUCAGGCCUGGAGGUUCGUGACCGCAUGUGGCUGAAGAUCACCAUCCCCAAUGCCUUCAUUGGUUCGGAUGUGGUGGAUUGGCUGUAUCACCACGUGGAGGGUUUCACAGACCGCCGUGAAUCUCGCAAAUAUGCCAGCAAUCUGUUGAAGGCUGGCUACAUCCGACACACCGUGAACAAGAUCACCUUCUCGGAACAGUGUUACUACAUCUUCGGGGACCUCUGUGGCAACAUGGCUAACCUGUCUCUUCAUGAUCAUGAUGGCUCCAGCGGUGCCUCUGAUCAGGACACUUUGGCUCCGCUCCCACACCCUGGUGCUGCACCCUGGCCUAUGGCUUUCCCAUAUCAGUAUCCACCACCUCAUCCAUACAACCCCCACCCCGGCUUCCCUGACCCAGGCUACAGCUAUGGAGGGGGCAGUGCAGGCAGCCAGCACAGUGAAGGGAGCCGGAGCAGUGGUUCCAAUCGCAGUGGCAGCGAGAGGAGGAAGGAUAGAGAGAAGACUGGGGAGUCCAAGUCAGGUGGCAGCGGGAGUGAGUCAGACCACACCACCCGGAGCAGCAUGCGGCGUGAGCGCGCGGCCAGCGAGCGCUCGGUGCCUGCCAGCCAGCACAGCCAGCGCAGCCAGCACUCCCUGGCUCACAGUAUCCGCAGCCACCACAGCCAGCAGUCGUACGGGCCGCCCGGCCUCCCCCCUCUCUUCAGCCCCCCCAUGUUGCUGAUGCCUCCACCGCCUUCAGCCAUGGGGCCCCCUGGGGCGCCGCCGGGCCGUGACCUGGCCUCUGUGCCCCCAGAACUGACAGCCAGUAGACAGUCCUUCCGAAUGGCCAUGGGCAACCCCAGUGAGUUCUUUGUGGAUGUAAUGUGAAGCGCCCGUCCCCUGUCUGUCUGCUGCCCCUCCUUCCCCUUUCUAUCCCCGUCGUUUGUCUCCUAGGACCAGCCCCAGCUUCGUCCCUUGUUUUUAUGGGUCUUUUUUAUUUUGGUCUUGAUAACUAAAAGAGAAAAGGGAAAAAAAUAAAUGGAACUAAACCUUGAUUCUAAUCCCUCCUUGAGCAGGGUGGAGGGGCCUGGCUGGCCUGCUGAGCCCUGCCAGCCCAGCCCGCCAUCAGACUUGUGUAUUGCCAAUGGUUAAUUCCCUGCUGCUGUCCUCUCUAACCCCAUUAAUCCGCAUCCAUCCCAGAGCCCUGUGCUGCUUGCCCGUGUGUCGCUGCUGCCGCGGUCCUUCUGCCCUAAACAUCUCUUCUUUCUUUUCACCCUUUUGUGUUUCUUCUGUCAAGCAGCAAAGACUUACGGGGUGUUUGACUUUCUCUGAGCCUGCCGCCCGCAGGGGGGAGAGCUGGAGCAUGGCGUGGCCCGACAGGAGGACACGGAGCUCCAAGGGCGCUGGGCACGCAUGGCGCUGAAGAUGUCUUCUUUCUCCCCCUAGCGGAAGACACCCUGCCCCUUCCACAGCACUGAGAGGGGAGCAGAGCUCAGCUCUGGCCUUAUGUAUGUUUAAAUCCAAGCAAGUGUGAUUGCCUUUUGGCUAAUGCAUGAAUGUUCCAGGGCUUCAGUGCCUCUGGGGAAUGGAGAGAUGGUGCCACUUCCCAUUUGCCUCCCUCCCCUUGCUCCUCCUUGGGCCAGAUCUGAGCUUGGCACUGCCCCAUGGCAGAAUCCUCCUUCCCGCUGCCCUGACAGCAAAGCUUGAGGUUGGGUCUCUUCCUCCUGCAUCCAGCCCUGUUUGAUGCUGGGUGCCUAAACAUAUACACAGUCAAGGCCCUGUUCGUACCCUGGGGAGGUAUGUGGUGUGCAUGGCAGUGAACGUAAGAGCAGAGCUCUGCUUGCUCUGCCAAAGGGAGCACGGAGGCCCACGCCAUGCCCUUAGUGCUCACCUUGCUCUUUGCCCUCCUGCCUAGCACACCCUGCUGCCUGUCUCGUGUGUAGGGACUGUCCCUCAGCUAGGGCCUAUGGCUGCAGCUGGGGCCUUCCUCCUCCUGCUCUGCCAUGCUGCUAAUCAGCACUGUGACAUGUCCCAAGGUCAGUGCUGAUGUGUGGGUGGCCUGGACAGAGCUAGAGGGUGAGGAAGGGUCACUUCUGGUCUGCUUUCACGCUGUUGGGGAAAGUGGAGGUCUCCUGUAUUUGCUGGCCUGCUUCACCCUGUGCCCUGCAGGAUGAGCUCUGGUAGCCUGUAUGGGGGACGCAAGGGGCUCUGGGCCCAGAAAGCUGCAGCAUUGGGCCUGCCCUGCUCCAGCCUGCAUGCGAACAGCUCCCCAUGAAGACACAAACUCUUCUGCAAAUUAAGACUGUGGCCCGGGACUGUGGUGUUGAAUGCAGGGCCUUGGGCUCAGUGCCCAUAGAAGAUUGCAAUGGCAGUUGAAUCCAUUUGCUCUGAUGCUCCCUGUUUUCCUCUUUGGGCCCUGUGGAGCCUUUCUUCCCCUCUCCAAGAGUGGAGGGGGAAGGAGAUGUGCCUCGGGUGAGGGUAGGGGGCAGCCCCUUCCCCAGUGCCUGAGGCUGAGCAUGGUACAGUACGGAUGCACUCGACCCUGCUCCUGUAGGUGCUGGCGCCCCAGCGCCCUCUCCUAUUGCCGACCAUGGCUUUCUCUGCAACAGUGUUGCCUCUUUUGGCCUUUCUUAUGUUUGAAGUUUUUAUAUUUUGGAGAUGAAAUGUAUUUUGCUCCUCUGGGGUUUGCGUUGUGCCUGUGCCCCCCCUGCCAGCUGCUAUGUGCCCCCAGUUCAUCUCCCUGUGACUCCCUAAAGCCUCUCCUCUCCCUGUGCCUGCUGGUGCCAGUUUGCCUAGUCUCUGCCAUCUUCCUGUCCCCUGAUCUUGGUGCUGGCAAGCUGCCACUUGCCCCUUCUCUCCUGCCUCUUGUAAUGCCACCCAGCAGCCACCCCUGACCACCGCUCACUGCCCUGCCCUGCCCGCUGGGUUUUAUAAAAACAAAACCAGUCUCCUUGUUUUUAUUUAUAAACAUAGUUUUAUUGGA